AUGCACCAAUCCAGACAUUGUUCAAUAUCGAUCAGAAGAGGUAGCAGCUGUGGAGAGGAAGCUGCAUCAGAGGUCAGUCAUGAUCUUGCUAUAUCCUUGCACAACGAUCUGAUCUCCCCUUCAGCCACAGCUCGCAACCUUGGGGUAACCAUGGACAAUCAACUGUCCUUUUCCUCCCAUGUUGCUAAUGUGACUCGCUCAUGUCGGUUUCUUCUCUACAACAUUAGAAGGAUUCGACCAUUUUUGUCCACACAGGCUGCUCAGGUACUUGUUCAGUCUCUUGUCAUUUCUAGACUGGAUUACUGCAAUGCACUGCUGGCAGGUCUACCUAUGAACGCAAUCCGUCCUCUGCAAAUGAUCCAAAAUGCAGCUGCCCGGCUUGUUUUCAACCUGCCAAAGUUCUCGCAUACCACCCCGCUGCUGCGAUCCCUCCACUGGCUUCCGGUAGCUGCACGCAUCAGAUUCAAAACACUGAUGCUGGCCUACAAAGCCAAAAAUGGACCAGCUCCCUCUUACCUCAAAGCCCUCAUAACUCCUCGCACUGCACCCCGCACCCUCCGAUCUACCAGCACUGCUCGACUGGUUCCACCAUCUCUCAGGGUAAGAGGCAAGUAUAGUACAAGACUCUUCUCUGUACUGGCACCAAGGUGGUGGAACGAACUUCCCCUAGAGGUCCGGACAGCUGAGUCACUGGCUAUUUUCAAGCGGCGGUUGAAGACCUACUUAUUCAGG